AUGGACUCCGGCGAGCAGGGUGAGACCUCCAAGGCCCCCCUCAGCAGGGGGGUCAGUAAAGGAGUGUCCAUGCUGGACCUCAUACUUCGCGUCAUUGCGGUCAUCGGCACCCUUGCGAGCGCCAUUGCCAUGGGGACUACCAAUGAGACGCUUCCUCUGUUCACGCCGUUCAUCCAGUUCAAAGCGCGAUACAGCGAUCUCCCGGCUCUCACGUUCUUCGUGGUGGCAAAUUCUAUUGUGAGCGCCUAUCUCAUCCUUUCGCUCCCACUGUCAAUUGUGCACAUAAUUAGGAGCGGGGCUAAAUAUAGCAGGCUGCUACUAAUUAAUUUCCUUGUCUUUCUUGUGAAGGCAAUGCUAGCUCUGGUGACCGCAGCGUCAUCUGCAGCAACAGCUAUUGUCUACUUAGCACACAAGGGUAAUGUCAGGGCAAACUGGCUUGCUAUAUGCCAGCAGUUGGAUUCUUUCUGCGAGCGUACCUCUGGCUCCCUGGUUGGCUCGUUUGGAGCCAUGGUUCUGCUGAUACUGCUCAUCUUACUCUCAGCUAUGGCCCUAGCCAGGCGCUAG